UAUCGUUUGUUUGGAUAAUUCAACGAGGAGAUGGUUGUAAGUACAUCGGGUUUACCUUCGGGCGCCACUCUGGCCACGGCAAAGAAGAUCGCCGCUGCUAAAACUGCAGCAGCCAAGAAACCAAGAGCUAAGCCGAGCCACCCACCGACAUCCGAUAUGGUUGAGGCUGCUAUUAAGGCCCUGAAGGAGCGCGGGGGUUCAUCUCUUCAGGCCAUUAAGAAGUACAUCGCAGCGACGUAUAAAGUUGACGCGGAGAAGCACUCGCCCUUCAUUAAAAAGUACCUCAAGUCCGCGGUGGCGUCGAAAGAUCUUGUGCAGGUGAAGGGGAAGGGUGCUUCCGGUUCGUUUAAAUUGUCCGUUGGGGAAGGUGCGGUGAAGGCAAACGCCAAGACCAAGCGACCAGCGGCUAAGAAAUCCGUAGCCAAAAAGCCGAUUUCCCCGGUAAAGAAGACCGUAGCGGCCAAAGCAAAGAGGAGCCCGGUGAAGUCGUUGAAGAAGCUGUCGAGUCCGAAGAAGGCAAUUAAGACACUUGCGGCCAAAUCACCCAAGCCGAAGGCGCGAAAAUCGCCGAAGCUUGCGAAGAAGCCGAGUAAGCCCGUGGCCAGGAAAACCGUGAGCAAGGUUAAGAAGUCGCCCGUGAAGAAAAGCAGCGUGAAAAAGUAGAUUGUCGGAUCAUUUUUGUGUACGGCAGCCUGUGCUCCAAAGCGAUGAUUUUAAUUAGAUAACGUUCUGGUAAUAACGGAUGCGCAAAACGGCCCUUUUUAGGGCCAAUUAUACAUUUCUUGGCACUGAAACUUUACGUUUAGUUCAGUCUCAUUUUGUAAACUAAAAACCAAACUCAUUGUAAUGUAAAUCGAAUUUUCAUUAUAUAAUUCACUUUGUGUAUUUACUUCCGAGACACACUUGUACAUACACAUAUACA